CAUGGAGAAAAAUGGUUCAAGACAUUUACCAAGUAAAGGUAAACAGAGUCGUGAAAUCAACUCAAAAAAUAGUGAGCGUGAAGAUGAAAUCGACAAUGAUGAGAAAACACAUGAAGAAAAUCCGUAUGGAGAUCUCUAUAUGAAUGAAGAAACGAUUCCAGAUAUAAAUGUAGAAAACCUGGAGAAUGUUAUUAAUGAAAAACGGAAAAAUGAAGAUGAUGGCUUUAAACGGGAGUAUGCGGCCAUGCCAUAUGGCGAGAGGUAUCCUUGCAACACUGGAAAACAACCAGAAAACGUACCGAAAAACAGAUUCAAGACCACGUUUCCAUACGACCAUUCCAGAGUUAAAUUGUCCAACAGUCAGUCAGACUACAUCAACGCCAAUUUUAUUGACGGUAUUAAUAAGACAAAUGAGUACAUCGCAGCACAAGGACCUCGUCAGAACACGGUGACGGACUACUGGUCCAUGAUUUGGCAGGAGAGCGUCAACCAAAUAAUAAUGUUGACCAACCUGAAGGAAGGGAACAAGGCAAAAUGCGUCAAGUAUUGGCCAGAUCUACAUCAAACUAUUACUUUUGGUAUGAUAUCCUUACGCGCGGAGGACGAACAAAGAUAUGCCUACUAUAAAAUCAGAAAAUUUAGAGUUACCAAUAAAGAGUUAAAAAAAUCUCGAAUAGUAACCCAGUACCACUAUACUGCCUGGCCAGACCACGGGACACCGGAACCACUUUGCCUCGUAAUUUUUCAUGACCACGUGACAAGGACUAAAGAUACACGAAGGAGUGGUCCAACAUUAGUUCACUGCAGUGCAGGGAUAGGCCGUACAGGUACUUAUAUCGCUAUAGACGCUUUAUAUAAGGCGGGGAAAACAAACAGGAAAAUCAACGUCGCGGAAUAUGUGAAGAAAAUGAGAGAAAAAAGAAUGAACAUGGUUCAGACAUAUGAGCAGUACAUGACUAUUUUUCUGGCACUUGAAGCCAUGUUCAAAGCUUCAACAUGUGUACACACCAAACCUGACUUCAUAAGAAAAGCCGAGCUUAUGACACGAGAUAAACCAGCCAAUGAAAGUGAACUUAGAAAUGAGUUCCAGAAACUUCUAAGAGUGCGACCGUCUUACAAAGAAGAGGAUUACAAAUUUGCUUUACAAAGCGCCAGUAGUAAAACAGCUAUUCUUCCACUUGACAAGUAUAGCCUCUAUCUGUCGUCAAGUGUACCAAAGCGUGGCAGUUACAUCAAUGCAGUUACACUUCCCUCUUACACUAAAAAUAAAGCCUUCAUAAUAACACACUAUCCCGCACCAGAGGACGCUGUUGACUUCCUGCGCCUGCUCACUGAUCACGAGUCAGACGUUGUGAUAUGUAUGGAUCCCCUCAGUAAAGUUGAAUCGACUAAAAAGUGGCUGCCAGCUGCCAAUAGUGUAAAGACUGUGUCCCCAUUCACAGUAAAUUGUGGGCAAGAACAAGUUACAGAAAUUAAAUGUACAACUAUCAGCAUUACCCAGGAUGGGACAAAUGAACAAGGAAACUCAGUGUCCAUUGUAGAGCCAAAGGGAAGCUUAAAAACAACAGAAGGUACCGAGGCUAUAGCUCAGAUGCUGCGUUUGGUGUCCCUUGCUCUUCAAAGUGAAACGGAGGGUCCUAUUACCAUAGUCAGCAGUGAUGGAGCUGUCCUAUGUGGUGUAUUUUGUGCUGUAUAUUACACACUACAACAGUUGUCUAUGGACGGCGAGGUGGACAUUUUCUCUGCUGUCCGUCAGUUACAGAUAAGACGUCCAGAACUCUGCUCCGCAAUGGAGGAGUACAUGAUAAUUUACAAUGUUGUUUUGGACUACAUCCGGGCACAAGAGGAAACGGAGGAAAAUAUUUACAGCAACCAGUGAUCUAUGAUUUAAUUCUCUAAUGAAUGCGUAGAUUACAUCAUGUAAAAAAAACCUUCGGAAGA